CAUUGUCCGUUGGGUGACGGUGUUUCCGGUCGAGGGGAAAGAGGCGGCGGAGCGAGAGCAGCGGCCGGAGAGGCAGAGGGACAGAGACUGAGAGAGAGGAAGGCCACUGUGAAUAACGUUGCAGACAUGCCUAUUCGACGGAAUGCUAGCCCUUCUGCACAGGAAACUCCUGUGAAAAACAAACCUACUGCAGAUGCUGAUGUGACUUCUGAAGAAUCUGUGUCAGCGGAGGAAGAACCAGAAAAUGAUACUUCAGCCCAGGAGGAGGAAAAGAAAGAAGCAGAAAAAAGUGGCGAUGAAGAGAAAGAAACCAAAUCUUCAGAGGAGCCUAAAAAGGAAGAAAAGGAGCCAACCAAGGAUAAGAAGAUUAAGAAGACCAUUCCAUCUUGGGCUACAUUGUCUGCCAGUCAACUGGCUCGAGUGCAGAAAAAUUCUCAGAUCAGUGCUACAGCACGACCAAAAAUGGAUGCUAUUGUCAUAGAAGCUAUUAAGGCUUGUUUUCAGAAGUCUGGUGCUUCCGUUGUUGCCAUAAGAAAAUAUAUCAUUAACAAGUAUCCAUCGCUGGAAUUGGAGCGCAGGGGAUAUAUACUAAAACAAGCCUUAAAACGGGAAAUACAACGUGGUGCUAUCAAACAGGUGAAGGGAAAAGGUGCUUCGGGAAGUUUUGUGGUGGUCGCAAAUGCAGGAAAACAAGCAAAUAAGUCAAAACAGGAUAAAAAGAAAACCACUUCAUCUGGACCAACGGAGCAGCCAAUAAAACUGGAGGAUGCUCUACCACUGGCAUUCACAAAGCUGUGUGAACCUAAAGAGGCAUCAUACAGUCUUAUCAAGAAAUAUCUUCUUCAAUAUUAUCCCAAACUGAAUGCUGAGAGCAGGCCCUAUUUACUCAAACAGGCUUUGCAAAGAGCAGUAGAUAAGGGUCAGCUGGAGCAGAUCACUGGCAAGGGAGCAUCGGGCACAUUCCAGCUCAAAAAAGCUGGAGACAAGCCAUUGUUAAGUGGAGGCCCAUUUGAGGAUGCAAUCCUUAGUGCCAUAACUGCCAUGAAUGAACCUAAAACCUGCUCAACAACAGCUCUUAAAAAAUAUGUCUCUGAGAAAGUUCCUGCAACAAAUUCUAAUUUCCAGAUGCAUAUGCUGAAGCGAACUCUGCAGAAGUGUGAAAAAAACGGAUGGAUUGAACAGAUUUCUGGGAAAGGAUUCAGUGGCUCUUUCCAGCUUUGUUUCCCGUUCUACCCCAGCCCUGGUAUCCUUUUCCCAGAAAAGCAGCAUCAGGAAGAGGAGGAAGAAUCUGAGGAGGAGGAAGAGGAGGAUGAUGACGAAGAGCAAUCAGAGUCAGAAGAGGAAGAAUCUGAUGACGAGCCACCUAAAAAAAGGCACAAGGCAGUUCCACGAGCCAAGGCUAAGCUGCAGAAACGAAAAGCUGCCACGCCGAAGAAAGCAGUCGCUACUAAAAGGAGCACGCCGUCAAGGAAAGUAUCAGCAAAAAAAGUGGCUAAAAAGUCCAGGCCCAUGCCAGUGAAGUUAGCCAAAAAGCCAACAGCGAUUAAAAAACCUCGGCAUGGGUCUCCUAAAAUGUCUCCAGCAACCCCAAAGAAGGUGAAAGGACCCGUCAAGACCACAAGGCAUUCACAGAGGCAGAAAAAGUAGCAAAGGCAAAGCUGGAAUGCUUUUCUUUAGUGGUGCAUGUUUUUGUCAUUUGAAACACACCACGUGACACAAUACUUUUCUGCAGCUAACCUAGAAAAAGUAGAAACUUAUUUUUAGAUAAUUAUGUAGAAUGCUAUUUUAGAUAAGCUGUUGGACAUCAACUUGUUUCAAGAAGGUUUUUAUUAGUUUAAUGGGUUUUAACACUUUAUAUUUAAGUGUGUGACCUUAUGAUGAAAUAGUAGGCAACACACUCGGUUUUUACCUUUUAAGUGAGGAGCAAACAAAAAUGCUGGUUGACUUAAAUGAAAAUCAUGAAUUUGAAAAAUUCAUUUGUUGCUGUAACCUUUUAGAAGUUAAUAUCUGACCUCCAUAGUUGAUGGAUCCCUCCUGGGCAGACAGUGGUGUAGUGGUAAUGUCAUUAAAUUAGUAAUCUAGAGGCCCAGACUGAUUUUCUGGGGACAUAGGUUAAAGUUCACCAUGGCAGCUGGUGGAAUUUAAAUUCAAUUAAAAACUGGAAUUGAAAGCUAGUCUCAGUAAUAGUGAGCAUGAAUCUAUCAUUGAUUGUCGUAAAACCUCAUCUGGUUCACUAAUGCCUUUUAGGGAAGGAAAUCUGCCACCCUUACUUGGUCUGGCCUACAUGUGACUCCAGACCUUCAGCAAUGUGGUUAACUCUUAACUGCCCUCUGCAAUGGCACUCACUGCAAGGGCAAUUGGGGAGUGGGGGAGCAGCAAAUGCUGGCCUUGCCAGCGAUACCCACAUUCCACCAAAGUAUUCAAGAAAAGAGGUGGGGAUAAUGUUCUCGCUAAGCUGCCUGCAUAUGCAGCAGCUGGGAAGGUACCACGAAGACCAUGUGCUGUGUUAAAUAAUAUAUAAAACUAAAGGUAACACACAUUCAAAAAGUUGGCCACACAAUAAAAACAUUUUAAAAGGAAUAUUGCUUGGGGAAGGUAUAUUUGUGCCAUGAUAUAAUAAGAUUCAACAUUACUGCCUUAGCAUUGGAUCGUGAAAACUAAAGGAGAAAACUCCAAAAGUGAAGAUGAGAACAAAUUAUUUUGGCAUGUCUUUACCUUUUGAGGUCAUGUAUUAUCUUAAGUUCAUUAACAUUGUUCAAAAUCCCUGUAUAAUUUGUAUUGGAGAUCAGUGUAAUGAAAUCACCCUUCACACACUGUACGUGUAUUGAUGAAUGUUGCUACUCAGUUUUACUUUUUGAUAAUUGCAUAAGUGUCAGAUUUGUUGAAGUACAGUACUUGCAUGCAGCACCAUUUUGUUAAGCUUUUUUCUGUAAUCUUGUCUCACUUAGUAAAAAUACUGUACAUUGUA